CAGCUGCAAUGUGUCUCUGAAAUCUCAUUUCAGUGGUGGCGAAUGGCGAUCACGCCAUUGGUGUGCCUUUGAUUACCGCUCAGAACUACUUGUUCUUCUAAUCCAUAGUUUUUUUCUUCAAAUAUUAUUGAAAUUAAAGAAAUCCGUGAAUUAUUUCGACGCAAACAAGAUGGCUGAUGUUGCCGGCAGCACAAUGAGCCCCUCUAAUACAUUUGAUUUGGGAGCAUUCGUUGGGGACUUAACUCUCGAAGAGGAUCUAAGCAGUGAUGAUAUAUCAUUGGAAGGACUACAACAAGAGCUCGAAGAAUGUAGGAAUGAUGAUGUAGUUGUAAACAUACUAUCUAAAGGUACAAAACUUAGGGAUUAUACGAAGGGAGUUGAGAAUGAUUUGCGUAAAGUCGAAUUGGAUUCAAUUCAGGAUUAUAUUAAAGAAAGUGAUAACCUAGUCUCUCUUCAUGAUCAAAUUCGAGAUUGUGAUAGUAUCUUGUCACACAUGGAAACUCUUCUAAGUGGAUUUCAGGCUGAGAUUGGUUCCAUUAGUUCAGACAUAAAGAUUCUCCAGGAGAAGUCUAUGGAUAUGGGUUUGAGGCUUAAGAAUCGAAAGGUGGCGGAAUCCAAAUUGGCUAGGUUUGUGGAAGACAUAAUAGUUCCUCCAAGGAUGGUAGACAUUCUUGUUGAUGGAGAGGUCAAUGAGGAAUAUAUGAGAACUCUUGAGAUUCUGAGUAAGAAACUGAAGUUUGUAGAAGUGGACCCAAUGGUUAAAGCUUCAAAAGCUCUAAAAGAUGUUCAGCCUGAGCUUGAAAAACUUCGUCAGAAAGCAGUCUCAAAGGUAUUUGACUUCAUUGUUCAGAAACUCUAUGCCUUGAGAAAACCCAAAACAAAUAUCCAAAUACUUCAACAAAGUGUCCUUUUAAAGUACAAGUAUGUUGUUGCCUUCCUCAAGGAACAUGGCAAGGAAGUAUAUAAUGAAGUUCGUGCUGCUUAUAUUGAUACAAUGAACAAGGUUCUUAGUGCUCAUUUCCGUGCUUACAUACAAGCAUUGGAGAAACUACAGUUGGAUAUAGCAACAUCUAAUGAUUUAAUUGGUGUAGAGACAAGAAGCAGUGGUCUUUUUACAAGAGCAAGGGAACCACUAAAGAAUCGGUCUGCUGUUUUUGCCCUUGGGGAUAGGAUUAAUAUAUUAAAGGAAAUUGAUGAACCAGCUUUGAUUCCUCAUAUAGCUGAAGCCAGCUCUAUUAAAUAUCCAUAUGAAGUUCUGUUCAGGAGCUUGCAGAAGCUGCUUAUGGAUACUGCUACUUCAGAAUAUAAUUUCUGUGAUGAUUUCUUUGGAGAAGAACACAUAUUCUAUGAAAUUUUUUCAGGUCCUUUUGGUGUCAUUGAUGAGCACUUCAAUUCAAUACUUCCAAAUUGCUAUGAUGCUAUAGGUCUAAUGCUUAUGAUUCGCAUAAUACAUGAGCAUCAGCUCAUUAUGUCUCGGAGGCGGAUUCCAUGCUUGGAUUCUUAUUUAGACAAGGUCAAUAUUUCCCUAUGGCCACGAUUUAAGAUGGUAUUUGACAUGCACCUCAACAGCUUGCGUAACGCAAAUGUGAAGACAUUAUGGGAAGAUGAUGUUCAUCCUCAUUAUGUCAUGAGGCGUUAUGCUGAGUUUACUGCUUCACUUAUCCACUUAAACUCUGAGUACGGAGAGGGUCAGCUUGAAUUGAAUUCAGAACGACUUAGAAUGGCUGUUGAUGAUUUACUUAUCAAGCUAGCCAAGAACUUCCCAAAACCAAAACUACAGACAGUGUUUCUUAUAAACAAUUAUGAUAUGACAAUUGCUGUUCUGAAGGAAGCAGGUCCCGAAGGUGGGAAAAUUCAAAUGCACUUUGAGGAGCUACUGAAGAGCAAUACAGCGUUAUUUGUGGAAGAACUGCUUCAAGAGCAUUUUAAUGAUUUAAUCAAGUUUGUAAAGGCUAAAGCCUCUGAGGACCCAACGUCGAGUCCUGAUAAGCCUAUAACCAUUGCCGAAGUCGAGCCACUAGUGAAGGAUUUUGCAAGUAGGUGGAAGGCUGCAAUAGAGCUGAUGCACAAAGAUGUCAUCACUUCUUUCAGCAACUUCUUGUGUGGUAUGGAGAUAUUAAGAGCUGCAUUGACCCAAUUGUUGCUUUAUUAUACCAGACUUUCGGAUUGCAUCAAGAGGAUCGUUGGGGGCUCUGCUUUGAACAAGGAUCUUGUUUCCAUAUCUUCAAUCAUGUAUGAGAUUAGGAAAUACUCGAGGACUUUCUAAUUCAUUGAGGGAGAUGCAGUUAUCUACCGGAUCUAUUUCCCAAUCCAUGAUAUUUGUUCUAUAUUAUGUAAAAAAGAAAAAAAGAUUUCCUUUUUGGAUCCUAAAAGUUAAUGUUUCACCUUUUUCCGGUGCAUUUAUGGUUCCUGAACACGCGCCAUUGUUGAAGAAUGAUGAUUCCAUUCUACCA